UUAAAGUCACUGCACAAGAACCAUAGCAAAGCUUACAAUAAACAAAAGAAAAAAACUCAAAACACUAAAGAAGAGAAAAAAAAAACCUGAGAGGGAGCUAUGAGAUCGAGCAACCAUCUAAUAGGUAUGGUGAACUUCCUCACCUUCCUCCUCUCGAUCCCAAUCCUCGGAGGAGGGAUAUGGCUAAGCAGCAGAGCUAACUCAACCGACUGUUUACGUUUCCUCCAGUGGCCACUCAUCGUCAUAGGAAUCUCAAUCAUGGUCGUAUCACUAGCCGGUUUCGCUGGAGCUUGUUACCGUAACAAGUUCCUGAUGUGGCUAUACCUAGUCGCCAUGCUUCUCAUCAUCGCUGCCUUGAUAGGUUUCAUCAUCUUUGCUUACGCGGUUACUGAUAAAGGAUCCGGUCGAACCGUGCUUAACCGGGGUUAUCUUGACUAUUAUCUUCAAGAUUAUUCCGGUUGGUUGAAGGACCGGGUCUCUGAUGAUGGAUACUGGGGGAAGAUCAGCUCUUGUAUUCGAGACUCUGGUGCGUGUAGGAAGAUUGGGAGGAACUUUAAUGGUGUCCCUGAAAGUGCUGAUAUGUUCUUCCAGAGAAGUCUUAGCCCUGUUGAGUCCGGUUGCUGCAAGCCGCCAUCAGAUUGCGGGUUUUCGUAUGGUAACGAGACGUUUUGGAUGCAAGGAGGAGGGAUGGUGGGAGCAAACCCGGACUGUAUGUUGUGGAAUAACGAGCAGAGCAUGCUGUGUUACCAGUGCAGCUCUUGUAAAGCAGGUGUUCUUGGGAGCUUAAAGAAGAGCUGGAGAAAAGUGUCAGUGAUCAACAUCGUGGUGCUUAUUAUUCUCGUUAUCUUCUACGUGAUCGCUUAUGCGGCUUACAGGAAUGUCAAGAGGAUUGAUAACGAUGAGCCGGCCGGUGAAGCUAGGAUGACAAAAUCACACCCUAGUCAUUUCCACCUUUGAUCAAAAGUGUAUGGUAAUGAAAAUCUGAUGAGAAACAAUGAAACAAAACAUGGGUGCUUUGGAUUUUAUGGUUUCACUUGCGUAUGAUUUAGUAGUAUUUUUCUGUUUGUUUUUGAUAUGUAACACAUUUGUUUCUGUGUGUAUAUUAUUUAUGUUGGAGCUACAUUUUAUUGUUUCUUUUAAUAAGCAUUAUUAUAC